AUGUCCUCCUCUGCCGUUAAUGUCUUCUCCGGCGCCACCUUCCCCGAGUUCACGAUGAAACCUUCCCAAUUCAAGGUGUUGGAGGCUGACGAGAGCACCAAGGUGGUAACCCUGCGUAAUCCUUCAUUGAAGUCCACCAAACUUCGCAUCGUAGAUUUCGACUUUGAUGCUGGACACAUCGACAAAGUAGUUAAGUUCCUCAAAUCGUUUAUCAAGAAGGAGUAUGUGAAGGAAUCCUCCAAGACUACCCGCCGUCAUUGCCUGUAUGAUGCGUACUCCUUCAUGGAGAACUUCGAAGGCGAACUUGGUUUGGUUGUGCGCGGGGAUGCGUGUAGUACUUGUCGUGACAAAGGGUUGAACUGUUUGGUCGGUGUAGUGAGCCGAAUUCUCCCCGACGGUAAGGAUGAGUAUUUUGUGUGUACGAAAUGUGUACGAUGCCGCGCUACCCCCAAUUGUGCGUGUGACCUCCUUCUCGAUUCCGGUUUGGGUAAGAGGCGUGUAGGAAAGGUGAAGGAGGGGCCUCACGUUGAGAUGGUGGAGAAGUUGAAAGGUGUGAGGGCUAGUAUGAAAAUGUGGGAGAAGGCAGUGGUUUCGCCGAUUGUGUUGAAGAAAGCGUUGGAGGAAUUGGGUGAAGUACAGCAGUAUUUGGACAAUUUUGGAAUCAUCAAAAGCAAGGCUGGUUCCCCCUCCAAGAAACGUAAGUCGAUGGCUGACUAUGGCCUGGGGGAUGAGGAUGAUGCCGGUGGAUCUGGGCAAGGUAACAAUGGCGGUGACGAGUAG